GGAAACAAGAGCUGUUGAACAUCUCUAACGUCCCUCUGGGAGAAUGCCCCCCCUCACCACCCCGCACUGCACCGCCCAGCAUGAAGUCCGCAGAGUUCUUCGAUAUGCUGGAAAGGAUGCAGGUGAGAAAUAAUUCUUUUUUUUCCCUCUGAAUGCAUCUUUUUCUCCUGUUUUCUUUUCUUGUUUCCUAACCUUCGUUUAUCCUGUCUCCUCAAAAACAACUAAUUAAUUUCUGUAUUGACACAUUGCAAGAUGUACAGUCUCUCCCUUAUGUUGCGUGUAAUCAGAUAAGGUGAGACUUCAGCAUAUGCCUGAGGUUUCUCACAUUGGAUAAUGUGGAUUUUACAAGAGGAGAAGAAAAGCUCUGGAGAGAUCCACACAAGCUAUUUUCUCUCCUUUUCUAAGAGGAAUACAUUGAUUUUCCAUUUCUUCUGAGCAGUGUCUGUCACUUUCUGUGUGCAACCACUCUGUGCCCUCAACGGGCCCCUGAGGGCACAGGCUUUGAGUCAGAGGACAGAUGGGGGGGAAUGAAAAGGAAGAGGAGGAGAGGUGGAUAAAUGAAAGAGACUCAAAGAACUGUGAGAGACUUACAAGAUGCAGUCUAAAAAAACGAUCAUUUUGUAGCUUAUAGUGAGGAUUUCAGUUCAGAGAGUGAGAGGAAAAUGUGAGGAGAGACUAUCUUAUGCAGAAGAACAUGAAUGCAUCUAAUUGAACUAAUCUAAAAGAGUGAAGCCAUGUGCAUAUCCCCCAAACAUAACCCUCCAAACAUAGGUCUACUGAUAUGUUCUGUUUGUAAUUGGCUGCAUGUGAUGUGAAUUAAUAAUAGUGUGCUUCAAAAAAGCAUUCUGUGGACCUAUUACUCUCACUUGAUUAAAUGUCCAGCUGGGCUAAUAACAUUUCCAGCAUUAUUUUUGAUGGGCUGCUUUGUAGUAGUAAUGUCAGUGUUUAUAUGAACACAAAGAUGAACUGCAAAGCUGUGAGACAGGAAAUGUUCAUCUACAUGUCCAAUGCAUGUCAGUUUCACAGUGCAGGUUUAAAAAUUGUAGCAUGAUAUAUAGAUGUAUAUUUUAAUGUUGUUGUUUUUUUUGCUUUGUGUCGCGCAAGGGUGAGUCUCAUGAUCUGUGGUCAUUUUCCCUUUCUGCAUUUUAAUUUCUUCUGAGGUUGUUUUUAGUCUGCUUAGAGCCUGGGGCAUGACUAGAGGACUUCAAACUGUAGAUCAGCCUCCAGAAUAAUAUCAGUUCAUUUCUGUAACGCAUAACCAAAUGUUAAAUACAUCAUUUAACUGCAAAGAGGAAAACUAUUUUUACAGAUUUUAAAUUAGCAUGAAGAUAAAAACUCAUCAUUAUUCAAAACAUAGCGACUUAUUAAGUCCUCUCCACAUGACUGCAUAAAGUAAACACCUUAAUGAAUAUAUCUAGUGUUCUCUAGUAUGAUUUGCAUAACAAAACAAAAAAACACUGGUAUAGUUCAUCUUUCUUUUUCAACCCCUCAUCUUUUUUUCCGCUCGAUUGAACAGUUUUGGCACAAUUAAAUUAGAUUUAAUCAUGCAAAAAUGGUCGUAAACAGAGAGACUGAAAAAUGCUGCCUCUUCAGGGUGUUUCUGUGCAUCUCACUCGAAAAUUGUAACAGCUGCUUUGUCAAUAUGCAUUUGGAGCACUAACUACGGAAUACUAUCCCUAAAAGUGUGUGUUAGAUACGUGGUCAAUAAGUCACGUGAAAAAUAAAAUGCAUCCUUGUUAUCAAUAGCGAUCAGAUAAACGCCGUGUAACUAUUUCAGGGAAAAUAUGCAAAAAGAAGAAGCAGCGUUUGAAAAGCUAAUUAUACACACCUGAAUAAUUGAUCUUCGGUUCAUGUGAGCCACUCUAAUAAAAAGAGAACUUUUGCAGGUCUGAAGCAUUCAGGUGUGCGAACAAUUGUCGCUUCCCAUUAUUCUGGGGAGGUUUAAUUUCCAAAUAAUUUGGGAGCACAUUGCCCCAAAGUGAGAAAGGGGCUUUCACAAGUAGAAAAACAAUUCAAGGUGCCACUCGUCCCAAUUGCAAGCUUACUGCAGUUUCUCCGAGUAAGACCCGGAGCUCAAUCUCACACUCUACAAGCCUCAGUAAGCAUAUUGGAUAUUAAAAUUCAUGACGGCAAAAUAAGUCGGAGGGGGAACAAGUAUAAAUGUUUGGAUGGGUAAUCGGGAGGAAACUUUGAGAAUGCAGCAGCAUGGCCUGGGUUUGCAAUGCUUGUCCUCGCCAUGUCCUUCAGGAAGGUGUUUGAGGCCAUUUGGUGAAAAACAAACAGCAAAUAUGCCUUAUAGCAGCUGUAAAACAGGGUGAUGGACUGGUGAGGAUUUUAGGUUUGCCACUGGGCCAAAAGUCAGCCGUGGUGUCCUCUGCAUACCAACAUUUCCUAGAGUCAAAUGCGAGACCCUUUCCGACAUCUGGUCAGGGCCAAUUGAUAUUUCUGCGGAAGUCUUGUCAUUACAUCCUGACACCUAGGAGCUCUUACUUCCACUACUACAUUUUAAUCUCAAGUAAUGGAUUGUGGUGCAUUUAUUGAGGGAUCUGAAUGCCCACGUAUGCAUUUGUGUCGUUCGUGUUAUGCUGAGUCACGGAGACAUUUAGACUUAUUCUGCUGGGCCGGUUGCAUAAUUGGACAAUUUAUUCCUUGAUAGUCACAUUUUUGUGUCUGCUUCCGAAAUGCACAGCACCGCUGAUGGGAAAAGAGCCAAUCUUUGUGUGAGUGCUGUUGCGUCCAAGCAGAUGAUUAUUACAUACCAAGAAGGGAACUUUCUCUCUGUGUGCGGUCUGAUUCAGAGUAGGUGACUAACGGUUUGCAUUACCUGUGAGCAUGUCUGUCUUUGUGUAUGCGGGACGGUGUAUGGGCAUGUAUGACUCACUCACCGGUCAUCUGACAACAGAUAAAGUAAGGUCUAACAACAAGAAUGCCAUGUUUGGAGUCACUUUAUGAAAGCAGAGAAUUUUCUUUUGACCCUUGUGCUUUUCCAUCCUCAUGCUGCCAACGGACACCUAUAAGGUCCCUAAAGCUGAAGAGACCAAAAGAUGGAAGGAUGACUAUAUCCCCUACCCACGGAUAGAAGAUGUCUUGGAGAAAGGUGGCCCGUACCCUCAGGUGAUCCUGCCCCAGUUUGGGGGCUACUGGAUUGAGGAUGCAGAGGGACCAGCAGGAACACCGUCAUCUUCCGAGUCCAGUUUCUGUGAGGAGGAGGAUGGAGGUGAGGGGAUGAGCCCUGGUGGGGCGCACACCUACCGCCUGGAGUGCAACAGCACAGCUCGGGCCUACCGCAAACACUUCUUAGGCAAGGAGCACAUGAACUACUAUUGCACAGGCAGCAGCAUAGGCAACCUCAUCAUGUCUCUGAAACAUGAGGAGGCCGAUGCGCAGGAGUUCCUACGCAUCAUGCUCAGAUCACGGACCAAAACAGUUCAUGAGAGAAUUUCUUUAGCUGGAAUCAACCAGCUUCCCAGCGUACCUCAAAUCGCAAAGCUUCUGUGUGAUGAUGCCACAGGGCUCAAGUUCAACCCAGUUCUUUACCCCCGGGGAUCCCAGUUGAUAGUGGCCUAUGAUGAGCAUGAGGUGAACAACACGUUCAAAUUUGGAGUCGUCUACCAGAAGUUUGGGCAGACUUCUGAGGAAGAGCUGUUCGGGAACAAUGAGGAGACGCCAGCUUUCAAGGAGUUUCUGAGUAUCUUAGGAGACAACAUUGAACUUCAGGAUUUUAAAGGGUUCCGUGGUGGGCUGGAUGUUUCCCAUGGACAGACCGGCUCUGAAUCUGUCUACACGGUCUUCAGACAGAGAGAGAUCAUGUUCCAUGUGUCAACUAAACUUCCUUUCACUGAGGGCGAUGUUCAACAGCUCCAAAGGAAAAGGCACAUAGGAAAUGAUAUUGUAGCAGCAGUCUUCCAAGAGGAGCCAACACCUUUUGUUCCAGACAUGAUCGCCUCUAACUUCCUGCAUGCAUACGUGCUGGUGCAGGUUGAGAACCCCUGUACAGAGCACACCACCUACAAGGUGUCUGUCACGGCGAGGGAGGACGUCCCCUCUUUUGGGCCGCCACUUCCAAACCCAGCAGUCUUCAAGAAGGGUCCUGAGUUCCGCGACUUCCUGCUGACGAAGCUGAUCAAUGCUGAAAAUGCCUGCUACAAAUCGGACAAAUUUGCCAAACUGGAGGGACGCACGCGGGCAGCCCUGCUGGACAACCUCCACGACGAGCUGCACAGACAGAGCCAGGCCGCGCUGGGUCUGGGCCAGGUGGGGGAGGAAGACAAGCUGGAGAACGGUGGACACGGGGGUCUCCUGGAAUCAUUCAAGAGAGCCAUGCGUGUGAGGAGUCACUCCAUGGAGACCAUGGUGGGGUCUCACCGUCACCGGAGCCCCGGGGUUGGAGGUGGUGUCCCAGCCAGCCUCAGUGGCGGAGGACUGCCACAGAGCACCAGUGAAUGCACAAAGAGCACUUUCACUCCUCCUGUUCUGUCAGCCAAGUCUCCUUUGAAGAGCCCAGUGAAACGGCGCUCAGGCCUCUUCCCCCGCCUCCACUCCAGCACAGAGACCCCAUCAGACAAACACACUCGCAGUGACCAAAAGCCAGCAGAAAUCUGCCCGCUUUCACACGAUAUGAGGUCAGAGACACCAUCCAAUCCCAGCUCCCCUGAGAUCUGCCCCAACAAAGAGAGGCCUUUCGUGAAGCCGAAGGAGAGCAGCAGCGUCUGCAGGCCAAACAUCUCGCGCUCCUCCUCCAGCACCAGCAGCUUCAGCAGCACCACAGGAGAAGCAGAAGCUCUGGAGGAACUGGAGACAACCAGCCAUCCAUCUAUAGCCUCUACCUCUGCCUUCAGCCCUUCCCUAAGCGUUGACAGCCCAGGAUCCAGUACGCCUGUCAUCAUGUGCCGCAGUCCGACAGAUGUGAAAAGUAAGACAUCACCGAGGUCAAACUUAAAGUUCCGUUUUGACAAAAUGAGCCACUCGUCCACAACUUCUGAAUAGCUUUGUGGAACUAAAAAAAAGAAAAAGACAUGCACAACGAAGACCCGCACAGAUCUAAGGAAGCUGAAAAAAAAGUCACAACAGACACAAAAUUAUAAUACAGCUUAUUUUCUUUCUACAAGGAGGAUCAUCUAAAGACCAACUGCACCAGAGAGCCCCCGCCCUCAUCCACACACACACACAGACACACACACACAAAGCUUACUGAUAAUACUGUGAGUGUAACAUAAAGAGAUAACAUAACAUGCUGGCAUAGGAUUGUUAAUUGUUCACAUGAAGGUCUUGGAGUAACUGUUAUACUGUGAGUGCAGGCCGAGCUUGACUGGGCCUGAGCUUUGUCUUAAUUGAUCGAGUUUCACUGAGAGACAGACGUUUAUGGCCGCAAUGUAAGAUGACUGUCUGGUGGAAAAAAUAACAGACACCAGGUUCUUCCUUUUCACCCUUGUCCCUGAACUGCAUUAGUAAUGGUUCCUCCUCUGCCUGAAAGUACAGACAGGUCGUCACACACAUCUCCAGAAUAUAUUGUACAAUAGAUUAACAGCAGCACAGCCUCGAAGGUGACAACACUGGAAGUCUUCUCUCUCGAUCGAGGGAUCCGAACUCAUUCUUUGCAUAUACGUUUGCUUUUCUAGGAGCCGUCUAUAAUUUUGGAAACGCUUUUGUAACCUUGCUAGCUGCUGCGUUGUGUCAACAGCACUAUACAGUUAACAUGCCUCCUCCCAGCACAGCGCUCCUGUAUCUAUAAGGAUAACUUCAGAGCCCUGGUUGGUUGUCUGAAAACCAGUUCUCGAGAGGCACUGUAGGAGACACUGCCAAAACAUUUAGCCACAAGCUUAUUUUAGCCAAAGCUGCGCCUUACAAUCUCUCGAAAGCUUUUUUUUUUUUUCUCUGCUCGCGUGUUCCAUCCCUCUGAGUUUCUCUCACUAUGUGAGGGGAUUAGAAUCAGUUGGAUCUGGUUACAGCACAGUUGUGGGGAGCCGAACAACACCCACAUUUGCUGAAAAUAGACACUGCACUUACUGCAAAAACCUCCUUGUAUCUCUCCCUGAAGCUUGCUAACUUGUUGUAGGGGUGCAUUUGUCUGGAGGUGCUUUUGAACGGGGAAGUCUCUCCAUGGCUUCACUCACACCACGGGAGCUGAUGAAGAGGACUUGAAAAAGAUGCUUGAAGCUUCAAACUUCAGUGAACCUUAGAACCACCUUUUGCAAAAACACUUUGAAUGUGAAUUACAAUCUUUUGGGUUUUUUUGUUUUGUUUUUUGCCUUGUUAUUAUUGCCAGUCCCUCAUGAGCACAACAAGGCCAUAGUUCUUCUUAAUCUGCAGGUAUUCCGUACUUUUACCCUGUGGCAGGACAAGCUGGGGUUUAUCAAAACACUUCAAAGGGAUUAUUAGUUAUUGUUUGUACCGCAAAGUUAGGGUUGUGUGAAAUACUUUUAUGAGUCAGUGUCCAGGUUUUCAUUUCCUUCUUAAGCGAAUCUGAAGAGUUCAUUUGAAAAGCCCUAAAUGACACCUUUUCAUGUCCAGUUUUAAGCUAAGAAUCAGGGCUUUGACAUGCCAGCAGUUGGAUGUUGUCACAGGAAACAAACCUAAAGAACAACUGCGGCGGGCAUUUAAAAAAAGCCUCAUUUUUACUUUAAUCACUGAGAAUCUCAAGUAUGUUAUACAUGGAAAAACACCAUGUACCCUGUAAAUUAGAGACUUUUUUUAGAUUGAAUAGAAGACUACAAUUAUGCCCUUUAAAUUCACACCUUUUUCACGUGCAAGGGGAAAACAGCACAAAAAUCCCAGGUAAUACAACAGUCAGAGUACUUUCAGCAUUUUUUCAGAAGAAAGGCCAUAGAAAAUCACAUUUUAACCAUCUAUCUCUGCUCAAACCUCAAAUAUUUCACAGGAGUUCCAGCAGAUAUUAUCUUUUAGAAUUUUAUUAUUUUUUUAUCGGCGAAGAAUCUUCUGGUGAUUUUCUUUUGUUGCAUGUAGGCUAGCCACUAUUGUAACCUACCUUAACUCAGCUCUGACUCCAUCAGUCUACUCCCAUAAUGUAUGGGAGUAGACAUUUCACAAAGAUGUGAUAAAUGACAGAGUCUAGACGAAGCACAAACUCUUCCCACUUUUACCUAAACUGAUGCUAUUAAUGAAGCUAUUAAACAAGUCUGUCACUAUGAGUCAGCUGAUGACACAGUCACAGGAAGUGUUGACCAGACACAAUAUUACAACAGCGCAGAUACAUUUGAACUUUCUUUAGUUCAAAAAAACCGCACCAUGCUUCUUCUUUUUUUUAAGGUUUGAGGAACAGUUUUACAUGGUAAAAAUGUAUUGUCUCCCAGCCAAAGUUCAGAGAAACUGAGCACAUCCAUCAGCCUCUCAAAUUCUUCAAAACCGUGUGUGCUAAGAUGUGUUUGUGGCAGGUGAGGCCUAAAGUCCUCAGAAGUACUUCGCACAAUAGAAGUAAAGAAGAAAAGAAAAGUGUCCCUUUAAGAUGCACAGAUGUGUUUCCAUUGAGACCAAGUGACCAAACUAGCAGGCGUGUGGAGAAUUAUCUGUGUACUAUCACUGUGCAGGGGAACCAUGUUUGAUGUGAGGUGCGUAGUGUGUAAAGAUUUUGAGGGUUCACCUAAUUUACAAAUGGCCUAUUGAUUUUUGUUGACCUUUGAACUUGCCAGAAAGCUGUUGGCAGGGAAGUUACUUGAGAAGUACCUCUUGUCUACCCUUGGAGUAGAAACAGAUUUUUUGAUGGAUCCGCAAAAUCCUCCGAUGGCGUGGACCAGUGAUUACCUCGAGUAAGAGUGGCAGGAAAGAAAUCUCUGGACAGAAUUAGAAAGUUCAGAUUACGUUUAGUUUGUAGCUGGUACCGCCCUAAACGUCCUGCAGCCUUUGCUCUGUUGAUAUGCUUAAUUUAUUAAAUGAUAACUUCUUUUGCAUCGAUGUCAUGUAAAAAUGUCACUGCAGAGUACGCUAAAUCAUUGAGUUUAAAAAAAAUUACUAAAGGAAAUAUAUUAAUUUAAGAGACGUCUAAACAUGUAUAUGUAUAUUUGAUUAUGUAAUGUGCCAUUGAAAAUUUAUUCUAAAAUAAAAUGUUGUAUUUUGUGUCAUUUGUUUCUUUUUUAUUGAAAACUGUCUCCGGCCUUUGUCGAAUUGC